AUGAGUAGUAACGAGAAUACACCCGAGUUGGAAAAUUUCGUUUCCCCACAGGAAGAACAGUCAGUGGGCCAAGAAGCGAGUGUAAUUGAGAGACAACGUAAACAUAUCGACACAGGAGCAUCUGACGAUGAGGGGCCAAAUGAGAGUGAUAGGUUGAAAAAUAUGCCAACAUUGAGCCAUGGAGAAAAUGAGUAUGAUGGCUCUGUGCGUAGUCGUCAGGAACUGGAGGAUAAACUGGAUCGAAUUCUAAAGAAACCAAAGGUUAGAAGAAGCAGAAGAGAUGAGGAUGACUUGGAACAGUAUUUGGAUGAGAAGAUUCUACGUUUAAAAGAUGAAAUGAAUAUAGCGGCUCAGAUGGAUAUUGAGACUCUAAAUAAGAGAAUAGAGACCGGUGAUAAUUCAUUGAUCGUUAUGCAAAAAGUCAAGCUACUGCCCAAGGUCGUUAGUGUGCUUUCAAAGGCUAAUUUGGCUGAUACUAUCCUAGAUAAUAAUCUGUUACAAAGUGUAAGGAUUUGGUUGGAGCCCCUACCGGAUGGAUCACUUCCUUCCUUCGAGAUUCAGAAAUCAUUAUUCGCUGCCAUAGAAAAACUACCUAUCAAGACCGAACAUUUGAAAGAAAGUGGAUUGGGCAGAGUAGUAAUCUUUUAUACAAAAUCCAAGAGAGUGGAACCUCAAUUAGCCAGGUUAGCAGAUAGAAUAAUUGCUGAAUGGACAAGACCCAUUAUCGGUGCCUCGGACAAUUACAGAGAUAAAAGGAUCAUGCAAUUAGAGUUUGAUGCAGAGAAAUUAAGAAGGAAAGCUGCUCUUGGCACGGCUAAGAGUAGAAAGAAGAAGCCUGGUAAAAGUGUUUCCCCUGGAGGUUCUUCGGCUCAAAGUCUAUACGAGCAAGCUGCCGCCAGAAGGAAUAGAGCCGCUGCACCAGCCCAAACCACAACAGAUUACAAAUAUGCACCUGUCAGCAAUUUGAAUCAAGUUUCAAGUAGUGCUAGAACCGCUGGUGUCGGUUCCACACUAAAUAAUAGUGAAAUGUACAAGAGGUUAACUUCAAGGUUAAACAAGACCAAGAAGACAAAAUAA